UUUUGUGGAUACGUCUACGAGUGACGGGGAAAUUGAUAGGAACACGCCUCGCAUAGAAUUUAUAUUGUUUAUUGUCGAUGUUAGAUCGUUAAAUCACUCUAUCCUUGUUCCCUUCUAAAUGUAGAAUUGAACAUCAAUCAAUGUUUUGCUUCAUCAACUGACAUACUAGCUACAAAUAACAUUCUUAUAGUUUCAAAUAGCUCAUUAGACAAGAUUAACACCGGGUCACUUAUCCCGGAAGACAGUUUAUUUUUUACUGACACUGAAUAAGGUCGUACAGAAGUUGCAAGAGGAAAAUCGGAAACAAUUAACGAGUGUGCUAACCGUUCGUGUCGAACGAAUAUGACGGGAUUAGGCAUGGAUUUUGAGGAUGAUUUCUUCUUCGAGGAGGACAAAAUUUUGAGAGGUGAUUUAACUUUAUCCGCCAAUAGCGGCUUACCUCAAAAUUUGAGUGGAUCAACCUCGGAUGAUAGAGUCUCCGUUACUCUGACCACCGUACCAUCGGCUAACGUCGAAUUGCACCAACUGGCUAUGAUGGAAGAUCGCAUACCAGACAUAGAGCUGGUCGCACAAGAUCAAUAUAUUCAGCAGAGACCUGCCAAUCAAAUGGGCAUGACCAUUACAUCUGGGAACGUCAUAAUACAGAAAGAUGCCAGUAAUCUUAUUGGUAUAAGCAUUGGUGGUGGUGCGCCACUCUGUCCAUGUCUGUACAUUGUACAAAUUUUCGACAAUACACCUGUUGCAUUGGAUAGCACUCUUCAAUCAGGCGAUGAACUCGUGGCAGUAAAUGGUGUGUCAGUGAGGGGCAAAACUAAAGUAGAGGUCGCGAAGAUGAUACAGUCCUGUGAUUCGCAGGUCAGCAUCAAUUACAACAAGCUACAUGCUGAUCCAAAACAAGGACGCACCCUUGACAUCGCUCUUAAGAAGGUGAAGCAUAGAUUAGUGGAAGGAAUGGGCAGCACCACGGCUGACGCGCUGGGACUAUCGCGAGCCAUUCUCUGCAACGACGCUCUCGUCCAGAGAUUAAUGGCGUUGAAACGCACGGAGAAUUUUUACAGAGGUCUUGUCGCUCACGCCAAGGCCACAUUACACGCUUUCUUUGACUUGACUCAAAUCUAUAAAGUAUUCGGAGACGCUUUCGCCGCGAUAGGAGUGCGAGAACCGCAGCCACGCGCCAGCGAGGCCUUCCGACAAUUUGGAGAGCAGCAUAGGCAAAUGGAGAAGUUUGGUGUCACGAUGUUGAAGACUCUGAAGCCAAUAUUGAGCGAUUUAGGAACGUAUCUCAACAAGGCUAUACCGGACACUCGGUUGACCAUCAGCAAAUACGCCGAUGCGAAGUUUGAAUAUUUAUCUUACUGUCUGAAGGUGAAGGAAUUGGACGAUGAAGAGCAGAGCUGUGCGGCUCUGCAGGAACCACUUUAUCGCGUGGAAACAGGCAAUUAUGAAUAUCGCUUAGUGUUGAGAUGUCGGCAGGAGGCUCGUGCAAGGUUCGCAAAACUCCGCUCGGACGUAUUAGUAAAACUGGAGUUGCUCGACAACAAGCACGUGCAGGACGUCGUAUGGCAGUUGCAGAAAUUCGCAGCAGGCUUGGCCAAGUAUUACGCUAGCACGCGAGAUCUGCUGUCGGCUGUGAUGCUAUUUCCUGUCGAGGUCGACCUGUCGCAUUCCGCAUUCCAGUACAAAUCAACUGGACCGCAAACGUUAACAGAUCAUGAGGAUAUCGAGGAAUACGAACCGGAAGAGAAGCAGCAAAACGUCCAGGACGAAGAGCUCCUCAUCGACACGCAAACCUUCCCGCUGAUAUCGCCGAAGGCGACUGACAACACGUAGCGAUACUCGUUGAGUUUUUGAAGAAUCUUGUGUCUUUUUGAGGAAUCAUUCGUGACUUUUAUAAUGUUCGGCAUAUGUGUACGAAAUCUCUCUCUUUGAUUAUCGCGUGUUGAUCGCGUCGAAUACUUGAUACAUUGCUGCAUAAUACAUUCCUUGAUAAUCAUGAUGCGGAAUACAGCGUGCUAGUUAGGUUAGGUACUGAAUUUUUCAUUACGAUGUAAAUGAAUGUAUCCAAGUCCCGCUGCGCGAUUAUUUGUUGUGUACAGGUAAUGGAAUCUAUAAUUACUACUUCCCAUACACGUGUAACUUGCGGAUGUAAAAUACAUAUUUUUAAUAGCUAUCCCGUACUUACGAUCUUGAAAGCAUGUUUCGCUUUCUCUCGUUAGAUUUUAUUUUCUAUAAAUCAAGUUGAAACGAUAUAUUUGUAUAUUUAAUGCCAGAAUGCCAUUAAUUAUACUUCCCUUUCAAUUAUACGUGGGAACACGACAUAUAGAUAUUUAUGAACUAUACAUGUAUAAUAUAUUAAUAUUUAUAAAUCAAAUAAUAUAUAUACUGUAUAUGAUACGUACAACCGGUGUAUAUUUGCAAAGAAUAAAGUACAUACCAAAGCUA